CUCCGGAUUAAAGGUCUCCUUGACCAUCUUCAAGUGAGUGCCAUGGUCCUACUCGGGGAUCAUCUUUGCUAUAACCACCGAAUACCCACGGAUACCUUCAUAUUGCCUCGGCCGGGUUCUCGAAUUACUUACGCCGUGGCGCCGUGUAUCGUUCCCGAAGUACAAUUCUUUGUACCUCCUCUUCAAUUCCGACGUUGUGGCGGCGGUUGUGACGUCCGACUCGGUAUCACCAUGCUUGCCUACCUCUGCAAUGGAACCUCAACAUCCGUGAGCUUCUUGGUACCUUCUCUUCUCAAAUAUGUACAAACACACUGGGUGGCGCACCCGCGGAAACAGGAGCUUGUCACACAAAUGACAUGUUCACCGAAAGGAGCAGCAGCUCGACAGCUCGUUCUUCCAGAAUGGCGGAUAUUCUUAACCUCGUCGGCUACCGGCAGGAACUCUUCGCGGGAUAGAGCCGGGGUCCCAGUCUUCCUCGUUCCGAGGCUGCAUUUUGUACGAGUCGGGUUCCAACUACACAUCAUCUUCAAGCACUGUGACCCCAUGUUACGAGCACCCAACAUGCCUACCGCUGCUGCAGCGAGAGAAACGAAGCAAGGCAAGAUCCCACAACUGCAAAGGCAUGGCUAACAGUGGGAGGGACGAUAACUUGUACAUGGCAACCUUGUGAUUGUAUACUCUAUUAAUGUCACCUCUCCCAGAGACAUGGCAUCGUUGGUCUUCCUUUAUGUUGUUCCCCACCCUUCCAUGCAAUCUUAAUGUUGACUCGAUCUGCAACAUUACCGCAUGUACUUGCGAUAUAUUUUGUCUUUCCACUCGAUAAAUCAAGGCCGGCCAGUAGUCCUUGUUCCCAUACUUUACGAGGCCUGGUUCUUCUUUUUCAUCACCAAUUUGCACAUCCUGUGGCUCGUCUGUUUACUUUCACUUUUGGUCUUUAUCGUACUGGCACAUAGCCACUGGAUGCCAUACCCGCCGGUGGUUAUCGUCCUCUGACCGGUUACAACGAUGAAGCUGUCUUCCGCUCUCUUAGCCGCUUCGCUUGGCUUGACGUUUGCCCAUGACACCAGCGGUGGCCAGCAUGUGCCAAAGGCUCUGGGAGGCAGGAACUUUCUGUCCGAAUUAAAGGCUCUUCGUUCGGGACCUAUGCACGCAGCUACUCCUUUGAGUGAGAGAGCGCCAACACCCAAGCAGAAAUCUGGCCCGCGCAAGCGAGAUGCGGACGAUCAACAAUGCGGGCCAGGACUUGGGAGUUGUGCAGCUGGAAAGUGCUGCUCCUUUGAAGGAUGGUGUGGAGUGGGUGAGGACUAUUGCACUGCUCCCGAUUGCCAAAUAAACUAUGGCCCGGGAUGCGAUGGGAACCAAAAGCCUUCCGGGCCGGACACAUCAGGAGUUGCGAGGCCCAAAGUGGGCAAAGUCCUCUAUGGUGGAGGGGGGAUCUACGACUGUGUUAUCGACGGAGGAAUUGCGUUGACAUUCGAUGAUGGGCCAUACCUCUACACUAACGAUCUACUCGACAAGUUGAAGAGCUAUGGAGCCAAGGCCACCUUUUUCAUUACGGGUAACAAUAUCGGUAAAGGAAUGAUCAAUGACCCAAGUACUCCCUAUCCGGCGAUUAUCAGGAGAAUGCAUGCAGAGGGCCACCAAAUUGCCAGCCAUACUUGGUCCCACGAGAAUGCCAGUCAGUUGACUAACACUCAAAUGACGAACCAGAUGGUGUGGAACGAGAUUGCAUUUAACUCCAUCCUUGGUUUCUUUCCAACGUAUAUGAGGCCCCCUUAUUCGAUCUGCGGGAAGAACUGCCAAAACGUCUUGUCAACACUCGGCUACCAUGCCAUUUACUUCGAUCUUGACACUGAGGGCUAUCUGCACGACGACGCGAGACAGAUCCAAACUAGCAAGAACAUCUGGGAUAAGGCAGUUAAGAAUUCCAAUCCGGCUUACGACAGCUUCCUUCAGAUCGAACACGACAUUCAUGUACAGACGGUCUACAACUUGACUGACUACAUCUUAACUUCACUUUUUUCCAAGGGAUACAGGGCGGUAACAGUAGGAGAGUGUCUGGGCGACCCGGCAGAAAACUGGUACCGUACUGGACCAGCCGUUCCGUCGCUUAGCUCUACCUCGUCGUCGCAUCAAGUCCUCGAGCACUUCCACCAGCAUUCGUACCACAACGAGAUCCACAGUCCUUGCAACUAG